AUGGCAGCAAAGCUCGAGUCGCCGCCGCCGCCGGCGGACGCGGCCCCGUUCGACAUUUAUCCCGUGCACAUGUUUGACAACUGCAAGAGCCCGCGCAGCAUCAUGAUGCGGUGGAUGUUCCGCGUCGAUGCGCGGCUCGACGCAGCCAAGCUGCGCGCGGCGCUGACACAAGUCCUAGCCACGGGCGACUGGCGCAAGCUCGCCGGGCGGCUUCAUUAUACAGAGACUGGUCGGCUCGAGAUCCACGUCCCGCACACCUUCACAGAGCAGGACCCUCCCUUCACCUACACCCAUAACGACCAUCCCACCGAAGCAUUCGACGACAACGAAGCGCGGCGCACAUUUCCCACCGCUGCCGCCGCAGGGCCGCACGUAUACCCACAAAGCCCCCGCACCAACGAGUCCAUAUUUGCCGCCGGCAGCCCCAAGACAUUCGAGGAGCACGUCGCGCGCGGCCUGCCGCAGCUCGGGCUGCACAUCACCACAUUCAAAGACGCGACCCUGGUUGAGCUGACGUGGCCGCACACGGUCAUGGACGCCACCGGCCAGCGGGAGCUGCUGGCCGCGUGGUCGCUGGCGCUCGCGGGCCGCGCGCGCUCCAUCAGGCCGCUGGCCGGCGCGCGCGCCGACGUGGCGUGGGCCGUCGCCGAGGAACGCACCGCGGCGCAGCUGGGCCCUGAUGCGCUGCGCGACCGCGAGCUGCUCGGCCUCGGCAGGGUGCUCUUCCUCGGGCGCUUCGUGUGGCGCAUGCUGACGGGCGGCCGCGCGGACUGGCGCGUGUUCCGCCUCCCGCGGACGGUGCUCGGCCGGUGGCGGCGCGACGGCCUCGCGCAGCCUCCCCGGGACCCUGCGACCGGCGCGCCGCCGUUUGUCAGCGACGGCGACUUGAUAUGUGCGUGGCUGGUGCGCCUGACGGCCGCUGGUGGAUGGGGCCCGCGCACGCGCUACGUCGUCGCCGGGUCCGUCAACUGCCGCGGGCGCAUCCCGGCGCUCGCCGGCGGCGUGUACGUGCAGAACCUGCUGGGGCUGUACUUUGCCGACAUCCCGGCGGCGGCUGUCGCGGGGCCUGGGGCGUCGUCGCUCGCGCGCAUCGCGCUCGCGCACCGGCAGCAAGUGGCGCUGCAGACGACGGAGGACCAGCUUCGGCACCAUUUCCGGCGGCGGCGCGCGGCGGCCGAGGCGCAGCAGGAUCCGGCCGUGCCGCUGUACUGCCGCGCGGACGACGUGCUCGUCAUGUGCAAUAACCUGUCGGGGCUGCGGAUCGGCGCGGCGGCGGAUUUCGGGCCCGCGGUGGUGGCGGCGGCGGGCGCGGAAGGGCCCGCGUCGGGGCGCGUGGUGGGCCAUUACUAUCUGUCGAGCGAUGAGGGGAACAGGCCGAUGCCGUAUUUUGUCUGCUUGGAUCAGGACGAGGAUGGGUAUUGGAUACGGGGCAACGCGUCGCCGCAGACGUGGGUGAGAAUUCUCGAGGACAUUGGUGUGCAAGGCGCAGAUGGGGUGGGAUGUGAAGUCGGGGUGGGCAUCGUCGAUAAUGCAUGUCGGCACAGAGGCUUCGUACGGCCUGUUAGCGCACAAGUACGAGAGACCUUGGAAGCGCAAUGUCGCGCACCUGAACCGCGUCAAUUUGCAGACUUUGGCAACGGGCUAUACCAUGUGCACAACAACCGCGGCCACAUCUCCCUGCCUCCCUGUCUCGCUCUCCUCCUUUCCCCCUCUUCUUCUCUUCUACCUCUUCCUAGUUAUUCCAUCUCAUCAUACGCAUCGCAUCUCACCAACUAUACCCUCACCAUGCCGCAGCCCUCUCACCCGUGGCGCGCCACCCAGCCGCUCAAGGCCCUCUGCAUCGCCUUCUACUACCUCUCGACGCCGCCGUACCUCAUCUACCUGCUCCUCAAGUACUCUCUGCUGCGGCGCCUGCGCCCACACCCGGGCCUAGGCCUGCAGGCCAACGUCAGCCACCCCAUCGUGCGCUCGCUGUUCAACAUCAUCACGCGCACGCGGUCCCCGCGCCUCGUCGCCGAGCGGCUGCCCAAGGACCGGACGCGCGUCACGUCCGUACCCGUGCCGGCCGCCACGCUCUUCACCGGCGUUCUCGCCGCCUCCCCCUCUGUGCAGCCCGCGCCCCUGAAAGCGCUCUGGUUCCCCAACGCGCCCGCCGCCGACGCCGCCGCUGCCGACCUCGCGCAGGAGACGGUGGUGCUGCACCUGCCGGGCGGCGGCUUCGUCGUCGAGGUCGGGCACGAGGCGUUUGGGCGGAAAGCGGCCGACGCGAUGCUGCACGGCGGGCAGGCGGCGCGGCUGGUGUGGGCGCAGUACCGGCUCGCGAGCACGCGCGGGCAGGGCUUCCCGGCGGCGAUCCAGGACGCCGUGUCGUUUUACGCGCACGUGCUGGCGCUCGGGUACGACGCGCGCAACGUGGUGCUGUCGGGCGACUCGGCGGGCGGCAACGCGGCGCUCGCGCUGCUGCGGUACCUCGAGGCCAGCAGGGUGCUGCCGCUGCCGCGCGGCGUCAUGGCGUGGUCGCCGUGGGUCGAGGUGACGCCGCGCGCCGGCCGCGACUUUGCCGCGACAGGGGCUGCCGCGGCCGGCGACAUCAUCACGCCCGAGUUCCUGCAAUGGGGCGCCGACGCGUACCUGCCGGGCGCGCUCACGGACGAGGUCGCCGGAUACGUGUCGCCGCUCAACCGCCCGUUUGAGACGCGCGUGCCCGUGUUCUUGCACGCCGGCGAGGCCGAGGGCUUCUGCCCGACGGUGAGGCGCUUCGCUGAGCAGAUGGAGGAGAUGAAUGGGAGUGCGCGCGUGCGCUUCCACGGCACGCCGCUCGCGGUGCACGAUCUUUUGCUGGUGUGGGAGGGGCAGGGCAUGCGCAAGGAGGUGGAGGCGGCGACGAGAGAGAGCUGGUCCAGAGUGGGAGGUGUUGACAAUGAUGCUGGAACUGCAUGUUCUCUCGAUAGUGCUUAG